UUCUACCUGUACCAAGCCCUUACGUGUAGCGUUGGAAUGGCCCUGCAUGCUUUUUGUUUUCUAGCAUUCAGGACGCUGUCAGUAUAAAUAUUAAUAAUUUGGGAGCUAUUGUACUCUGUAUUCUCCUGGAGAAAAAGAAGACAAAGCAGUACUAUGGUUUACAGCUCUUUGAUCCCGUUAUAGCAUAUCAUUGAGGCAUCACAGCAACACUGUACGCUGCAAAAAAUAUCAUUGCAGUUUAGGUGUGAGAAGUGAGAUUUUUUUUUUCAUCCCCUUAUUGGGUGUCUUUCUAUCAGUGGUUGGCACUUGAUGUGACCACUUUAGACGCUACUAUUAAAAGAAGACAGUGGCUAGCAUUGUAAGGAAGAAAUAAUAUAGAGCUCUCUUUAAGAGAGAUCUACUGUUUAAAAUGUGAGCUAUUGCAGAUCCCAACCCCCUGCUAGACUAAUAAGUGGAGAGGAACAUUUUUCAAGCAAGAAGUGCCUGGCUUGGUUUUAUGAGUAUGCAGGUCCUGAUGAAGUUGUAGGGCCAGAAGGAAUGGAAAAAUUUUGUGAAGACAUUGGUGUUGAACCUGAAAAUAUUAUUAUGUUAGUUUUAGCGUGGAAAUUGGAGGCUGAAAGCAUGGGAUUUUUUACCAAGGAAGAAUGGUUAAAGGGAAUGACUUCAUUACAGUGUGACUGCACAGAAAAAUUACAGAAUAAAUUUGACUUUUUGCGCUCACAGUUGAAUGAUAUUUCGUCGUUUAAGAAUAUCUACAGAUAUGCCUUUGAUUUUGCAAGGGAUAAAGAUCAGAGAAGCCUCGAUAUUGAUACUGCUAAGUCUAUGUUAGCUCUUCUGCUUGGGAGGACAUGGCCACUGUUCUCAGUAUUUUACCAGUACCUGGAGCAAUCAAAGUAUCGUGUUAUGAACAAAGAUCAGUGGUACAAUGUAUUAGAAUUCAGCAGAACAGUCCAUGCUGAUCUUAGUAACUAUGAUGAAGAUGGUGCUUGGCCUGUUCUUCUUGAUGAAUUUGUUGAGUGGCAAAAAGUCCGUCAAACAUCAUAGCAAGAACUAUUGUGAAGAAAAUGUAAACCUUUUGGUUUCCACGUGCAUACAAGCUAAUGAGAUGAGGGGAAAAACAUCCAAAGGCUGCAUUUUCAUUCAUAUGAAAGACUUCUCAUAGUAUUUUUUUUUUUCCUUUUUUUAAAGGAGGGUUUCUUGUUACAUGUGAUGGGCAUUGAGCCACGCCUCUUCUGAGACUGAAUAUUGAAGUUUUUAUUUUGAGUUAUGUUUAUAACAUUUCAGAACAAUAAAGAUUCAGAUUUGUGACAAAGGCCUUAAAGUGAAGAUGUCCCUUGAGUGUCAGAGUGGUAUUUAUUUUUCUAAAUUUGAAUUCUUGAAUUUUUGAAGUCCUAAUUCACUAUGAAUUAGUGUAAUUUUAAGGAUUUUAAAACAAUCAAUAUUUGGCAGUGUGGUCUGCUGAUGAUAUGGUUCAUUAUAUUUAUGUCAGCACAUAAUAUUAGGAAGAAUAUUGGCCUUGAUUUCUAGGAUAAUGAUUUUCUGAUGUAGCUAAUAAAAAACAUUUCUAGAUAUUGGAAGUACUCCCACUUUCAGCUCUGGGUUUUUAUAAUAGCCGCCAAGGUCUUUUGCAUGUAUCUCAUCUGAAGAGUUUAGAAUUGGACAGAUUAUAUCCAGUUAUUUUGUUUUCUAGUCAUUAAAUAGUAUUGCCAAUGAGCAUAAUGGAGCAUUGCAUGUAUAUUCUUAAUGUGAAUUUUAAGUUUCUGUAUUUCUGUUAGUUAAAAAGUUCUGUUUAUAUUUGAAAGAGCAAGGUUAAUAUAUUAAUGGUCUCAAAAUCAGUCUUGUGAGAGGACCAAUAUUGAAGUUGUAUCAUCAUCAAUAUUAUUAUUGUCAUAUGUAUUAUUUUUUUUAACUGUCAUGAUAUAGGGAGUUUCUUGAGAGCACUAUUUUUGCCUUAAGAGAACUUUAGCUCUGAUAUUAUAAACUUAGCUAAGAUACACAUAGGAAAAGAAAAUAAUAGAAUAAGCAAUCAUGAAAGAACUCUGGGUAUAAUUAUGCACAACUCAACAGUCAUUUAGAUUGGUAGUUCACAGUAUUGCAGAUUAUCACAAUUUUCUGAUUGUUGCCAAUAAAGUGUCUUGAGGAAAUGGCAGCCUUUCCUAAUUCAUGUAAAAGGCACCUUUCAGACUAGCAGAAGGUUAGUUUGUAUAUUCCUUUUCAAACAAUCCAGUGUCCCAGUGAUAUGAAAACUGUUCACGUUCACAGUCCACUCACAACUUUAACAACAUUCCUAGUUUCAUUGUAUGAAUGGAGAGAAGUAAGUAGAUUAUUUUUCCAUAUUAAGAAAAUUUCUUUUGAGAUUUAAGGCAAGGGUUGAGUUUUGAUAGUGAAUUUGUUUAAUAAGUGAUUUUUCAGUAUUGAUUACUUAAGGGAGAAUGGCAUAUUAAAGCUUUUUAUUGUUUGCUUUUUGGUUAAUGAUCUGGUAGAAAAUGAUUGCCAGUGAUUUACUUGACUUUUUAGUAAGAGUACUUUGUACAGUUUUGUAAAACACUGAUACAGUAGUGGGAAACAAUUCUUUUUGGUUUGGGGGUUUUUUUUGGCGGCUGGCUAGUAUGGGGAUCCAAACCCUUAACCUUGGUGUUAUAACACCGUGCUCUAAUCAAGUGAGCCAACUGGCCAGCCCAAUUUUUUUUUUUUAAAUGUCUUGUAGAUAAGAAUAAUUUUCCUGGAAUGCUCCUCUUAAGUAUUAGGAUCACUGAAUUAUUAGAACUGAGUAUACCAACAGUGUAAUGAUUUUUAAUAUCAUGAAUGAUGUUUUAGUAUCGAAUUUAUUAUAAGGAACGAAUUUAAACUUUCGGACCUUUGAAUUUAUAACUUAAUUGACUC